AUGUCUAUCACUGAAUAUGCUACUGAGUUGAAAGGUGCUUUGCGUCAGUACCCAAACUUCCCACAAGAGGGUAUCCUAUUCGAAGAUUUCUUACCAAUUUUCAGAGACCCUCAAUUGUUCAAGAAAUUGAUUGAAUCCUUCAAGCUUCACCUGCAAGAGAAAUUCACAGGCAAGAAGAUCGACUAUGUCAUUGGCUUAGAAGCCCGGGGGUUUCUAUUUGGCCCAGCCCUAGCUCUGGCUCUUGAUGCUGGUUUUGUACCGGUGAGAAAGCAAGGUAAGCUUGCUGGUGAAGUUGUACACGCAGUUUAUGCUAAGGAGUACGGUGAAGAUGUUUUCGAAAUCCAGGCUGAUUCUAUCCCUGAACAUUCAAACGUCGUUAUUGUCGAUGAUAUCAUUGCCACCGGUGGCUCCGCAAAAGCAGCCGGUGACUUGGCUUUGCAGUUGAAUGCAAACAUCUUGGAGUUCUGUUUCGUUAUGGAGUUGGAUUUCUUGAAAGGUACUCAAAAACUACAGGCACCAUCUUUUACUUUGUUAAGUGGUCAGGAAGAGGCUUUAUCAAAAUGA